UCAGCAGAGGACCGUAUGGCAAGGAGGGCUCCCUGAGAUUCUACACUCCACCGAGACUGUUUUGCUGCUGAUUGCUGUUUUUGCCUUGCUUUGUUUUUUAAAGUUUCAAAGGAUAGGUGACAUUCAUCUUGGCACCACCAUCUGCAACCAUGCUUCACUCUCCACUGAAAACCGCUCUGGCAUAUGAGUGCUUCCAAGAUCAGGCCAAUUCAACUUUAGCUUUGCCUUCAGAUCACAAGUUAAAAACAAGAGGGACAGGAAAACAAAGGGUCCAGGAACAGGUGUUGAUGACCGUCAAGCGGCAGAAGCAAAAGUCCUCCCUUUCAUCAGCAUCAAAUGCGGCAGGUCACUCCAACCGAGGUUCGAUGUAUGAUGGUUUGUCUGAUGGCUAUAACUAUGGAACAGCUCGUGGUACCUACUAUGCCAAAGCCCACACAGGAACAAAUAACUGGGGCAAUACGAUGUACAAUGGAACACUCAAAAGAAAUGCAGCUGAGAACAAACGCUACAGUUCCUACAGCCAAAUGGACGGUUGGGGUAGCAAGCAUUAUAACAAGAUCUGUAGUCCUACACAUGCUGGCAGCGACUACUGCUUUGUGCAGAACAUGAAGAGUAGUCGGAGCGAGCCAGACCUCUACAAUGACCCUCCACGAGGCACACUAAGGAGAAAUCAGAGUGGAAGCCGGAUGAAUCACAAGGCCAGUCUACAUCGUAACAGCCUCUACAGCAAUACAUGCAACACCCAGGAAGGAAUUACAACCCUAACAAGGUCAAAUAAGAGAAUUCCAAUCCGCACCCCCUCUUGCGCAUCUAACAAGCAAGAUGCAGUCUAUGCCCAGCCUGUAGCCAGCAAGCCUGAUGCAAUCUACGGACCAGGUCGUUCCAAAAUAUGUAAUGAUGAAGUGGAUUAUGGAGCAAUGACCAUCCAGAAAGCCAUUCAAUUCCUGUGUUCCUCAGAUGAGAAAAAUCAGGCCAUGGGUGCCUACUUCCUCCAGCAUACCUGUUUUCAAGAUGAAUCUGCCAAGCAAGAGGUUUACCGACUUGGAGGCAUUGCCAAGCUGAUUGAACUUCUGCGCAGUUCAGAUGAGAACGUGCAGCAGGCUUCAGCUGGGGCCCUUCGAAACUUAGUCUUCAGAAAUCCAGCUAACAAAUUAGAAACCCGCAGGCAGAAUGGAAUUCGAGAGUGUGUGAAUCUCCUGAGGAGGACUGGGAACACCGAAAUACAGAAGCAGUUGACAGGAUUGCUCUGGAACCUUUCCUCCACUGAUGAACUGAAAGAAGAUCUGAUACACGAUGCUCUUCCAGUACUCACUGAUCGUGUUAUUGUACCUUUUUCUGGAUGGUGUGAUGGUAUUGGCAAUAGAACAAGAGAAAUUAUUGACCCAGAAGUUUUCUUCAAUGCCACUGGCUGUUUAAGGAACUUGAGUUCUGCAGAUGCUGGACGUCAAACCAUGAGAAACUACCCAGGAUUGAUUGACUCUGUGAUGACAUAUACCCAGAAUUGUGUGGCAGCUAACCAGCCAGAUGAUAAGUCUGUGGAGAACUGUAUCUGUAUUCUUCAUAAUUUGUCCUACCGCCUGGAUGCUGAAGUGCCGAAUAAAUACACUCAUCUUAACCACUUGGCCAGGAACACUCACACGGACAAAAGUUUGACAGGCUGCUUCAACAACAGAGGAAAGCUAGAGUAUGAUGAAUAUAAUCUACCACUUCCUGAAGAGGACUAUAAACCUAAAGGUUCCAGCUGGCUGUACCAUUCUGAUGCCAUCCGUACCUACCUGUCUUUAAUGGAAAAGAGCAAAAAGGAUGCCACCCUGGAAGCAUGCGCUGGAGCUCUGCAAAAUCUGACUGCAAGCAGAGGAAUGAUGUCGAAUGCAAUGAGCCAAAUAAUUGCCUUAAAGGAGAAAGGGCUGCCCUGCAUAGCACGGCUCCUGCAAUCCAACAAUGCUGAAGUUGUCCGAUCUGGAACAUCUUUACUGAGCAACAUGUCUCGACAUUCUAUUCUCCACAAAACCAUGGCUCACCAGGUGCUUCCAGAUGUGACUCGCCUUCUAGCCCUCCAGGCUCCAGGUUCUAGCAACUAUGGAGACAUUAUGACAUCAGCUUGCUAUGCCCUGAGGAACUUAAUCAUGUACAACCCACAGAUGGCCAAACCUUACUUGACUGGCAGUUUGAUAAAUAAUGUAGUAGGCCUGUGCCGAAAUGGAUCUUACCCCAAAGCAGCUGAAGCAGCUCGAAUGCUGCUAUCUGAUAUUUGGUCAAACAGGGAACUCCAAUCUGUACUAAAACAGCAAGGAUAUGAUAAGAACAUGAUGGGAUCUUUAACAGGAAGCACUCUCAGGACUUUGUCUUCCAGAUUCUAAGAGACUUUGCAUGUUUGGAUUGCAGAGCAUGUAACUGGUUCCUGUCUGGAGUCUUCAAUCCUCAAGGAAUUAGUUAGGAUGUUAAAAGACUUACAGUAUUUUGAAAGUUCAACUAAGUUGUAAAAUUAGGGAUGAAAAUUGCAUUGUCUGAUAUAAGUAUCUUAAAAUGUUUUAAUGAAUAUUUUAAAUAUAUUUUUUUCUCUUUUGUUAAAUUGGGAGGCCAAUUUGCCAAAAAUUGGGAUGUGUCAUUUUGAAUGACAUGCAUAACAACUGAGACAUCUACUUCCCUAACCAAUGUCAAGUCAAUAUAUUAGGAAAUGCUAGGGAAAUAGUGCCUAACUGCAGCUUAAUUCAUUAAAAAAGCAUGGAUUUUUUUAAAAAAUAAGUAUGUAUAUUUUUAGAUACCGUUUACGUAGACAGACUACUCCUAAUUUUGGAUCUCUAGCUAUUACGGCUACUUUGAAUGAUGGGGGCCUUUGGGCUAUUUGGGAAUAUUUUCCAUAGAGUUCAGUGGGAUUUACUGCAAUAUAAAUGCCUAUAGAAUGGCAUCCUAAGGCCAUUUUUGUACAGCCAUAAGUUUGGCAGUAUAUCUUACUGGUGAACAUCAGAUAGCAUUUUUAUUCAUUCCCAUUUCAACUAAUUUCUGUAAAAUUAAUAACACCUAACAUGUUUAUUUCGUUUUCAAUAGCCAUUAUACAUAUAUUUAGUGAGAUGGUAUUUCUUUUUAUUGCUGAAUUUACAUUCCCCCAAGGCCUCAAUAAGGGAACCCUCCACUAGUAUUGUCAUUACAACCCUCAUAAUUCCAAGAAGUGUGAUCCCCAAACUAGAGAAUACCAUAUCGAGGAAGCUGUCCAAAAUGUUUUUUUAUGGGUUCCCUUCUGCAUUCAUUCAUUUUUCUGCUUUGCUUUCGUAUUUCCCGAUUAUUGCUAGGCUUUUUCCCCUGUAGAUCAUUUAGAUGUCAAGAAGCAAAUUCACAUAAGCGAAGUUUUUCCUGAAGUGCUUCUUAAUCUUUGUUUUUGUGUAUAUAUGAACAAGAGUUCCUUCUACCGUUUUGGAAGGAAAAAACCUGGAACUCUCAAGAUCAUACUUUACUACAUUUAUCCAUAACUACAGACUUCUGUAUGACUCUCAGGUAGUGUGUCUCACAAAAAUGUAUCUUUGCUUUUUACAAAAUAAAUUUAUCAGCUGAAUGUGCCUGCCAAGAUUAUAAACUCAGAAAGAAGAUAAAAUAGGUAAUCUUAUCCCUUCAGUGUCUUAAAUGAAAGCCUAAUGAAAUUACAUUUUAUAAGUUAUUAGACAAAUGGACAAGAUUUUGUUAAAUUGCAAUAUUUCCAUUAGUUCAUCUUGACCAAUGAACAGUGGAUUUGGAAGGAAAAUGGUUGCAUUUGUUUUAGUUUUUAAUAACCCAACCAUUAAGAAUGUUCUAUGUUUUCCAAAUAAUAUUUCAGACUUUCGUCCUUAUGAAGACAUUCCAUAAGAGAUAAAGAGAUAAUGCAUAAUCCAGUGAUAUUAUGUUAUUGUUCUAUGCCUUGUUGUUGAAAAUCUUUAUUCAGAAAUGAAUGUGGGAACAUUAAUAGAACCCUACCUAGCUUAGUUUGAUAUUUUCAUACUGGCCUUUCAGAUAUUGAUUGGAACCCCACAAUUGGGAAAUGAACCCACGAUUGUCAUUUUAUAAAUCUUCUUCAACAGUUGAUACUGUGAUACUUAUAAUAACACAUAAGCUUUAUGACUAGCUGUUAUUCAGAGCCUUUUAUAUGUUAUAUCCAUGAACUGAUUUAUUUCUUUUCAAAACUAUUGAACUCACCGUCAUCAACACUGGGUCUUAAAGAUAGUAGAUUCUGUAUUUUCUCUGAACUCUGCUUUCUUUUAUUUCUUGGGAAUUUCUACAAUUCAGCAUACAAUAAUUUUCCUUAUCAAAGCAACUUAAAAAAAACUGAAAAGGAUAUUGGAAUUCAGUGAACUUCAUCUGAGGAAAAUGAGUUACGGUAAAUACAAUCAGAGCACCUUUUGCUAAGUCACUUCUAGAAAAGCAGUUCUGAGCAAUACAGGAUGGACCCGAGAGUUAUUAGAAAAGCGAACUUUGUCCUGAAUGUUCUGAAUACAUUCAGAAAUGUAUCCUGAAUAGAAAGCUGGAGCAAAGCACACAGUGAAGACAUUUGGGAAAGGAAGAUCAGGUGAGGAGAAGGCUGCUAAAUUGAGAGGAAGGAGACUGAGAUAGGUAUAAAACUGGAGAAAUAAUGGUGUCUUGGAACUACAAAGGUGAAGGAUGAGGAAAUUUACAUGUCGGUUUGAAAUAACCAAUUAAAUCUUUUGAUAGCAGAUAUCUGUGUUGACUGUAUUCAGUUUUAUUGAGCUCAAUCAACAGUAAUUAGUUACAUUGAUAUAAAUAACCAGCGCCAAAUUUAGAGACCCAGAACAAAAUUGUUCCUUAGGGCCAUGGAGUAACUAUGAUUACAACAACAAUUCUUGAAAUAAGAACUACCCAAAUGUCACGUAUAAUGUUGUUUUAGCACAUCCUAGGAAAUUUAAAUAGUGGUGCUGAAGGUUGUCUCAAAGCACAGUGAGGAGUCCUGGAGCAUGUUUGUGGCAAUGCUGGUUUUGGUAAGGAAUGACAGCACUUCAUGCCAAUGAACUGAUAAUAGGCCACCUGUCACUUUCUUAUAUAUGAACAUACAAUUAGAUAUCCACACAUCAGAUUGCUCAACAAGGUUCUAAAUAACAUUAUUCAGAAACCCUAACCAUAUUAAGAAUAAUAUCAGGAUCUAAAAUUGCAACUUUGAAUUAAUAGCAGCAUUUGAUUCUUUUAGUCAAAUAAUGAAAUUAGCAAAAAAACUAUCAAGUAUCCAUUGCUACGUUUAGAACAAAUGUUAUAGUUGUUUAAUUCAUAUGAUAAGGCGUGUUACAUCACUAACUGCAAUAUUUUGGGCAACCUUCUAUGAUGGCUUAAUUAAUUCUGUAACUUAUAAUGAAAAGAAUUUGAAGAGUAUGAGGAAGGGGCUUCAUACAUGGAAACAAUUAUAUCAGAUUUAUUUUGUUAAUACCACUGAGUCUUUUUCCCACUUCUGUAUGCAGUUAAAAACGUAAAUCUGCUGUAUAUGUAAUUUGUGACUGGCCAAAAUUGUUUAUGGAGACAAACCAAACAUAACCUUUGGCCUGGCUGCAUUAAAGCCAAAUGUAAGAAACAGUAAUGGCAUAGGAUUUGACUAAUUGUAAAUAAAUUACUUGCUGUUAUAGUUUCAACAUAGAAAAGGCACCUAUUUUCCUUUGUUUUAAGCCUUGUAGAAAGCCAAUAAAAUGAUGCAUUGAAUGUCCAGUGCAUCAUUUCAGAAGGCAAAAAUUUUGCUAG